ACUAAAAGCGCGAGCCUUCGAGAAAAAAGGUGGUAAAUUCACAGAGAUGGCGACUUUCCCAGUGAUCAAUUUGGAGAAGCUAAAUGGUGAUAAGAGAUCCGCAACCCUCGAGAAAAUCAACGAUGCCUGUCAAAACUGGGGCUUCUUUCAGGUACUGGACCAUGGGAUUCCCCAUGAUUUUCUGGACACGGUGGAAAGGUUGACGAAGGAGCAUUACAAGACGUGCAUGGAGCAGAGGUUCAAGGAACUGGUAGCCACCAGCAAAGCCGACCUCACUGAUGUUGACUGGGAGAGCACGCUUUUCUUGCGCCAUCUUCCACAAUCGAACCUGUCUGAAAUCCCAGAUCUCACUGAUGAAUACAGGAAAGUGAUCAAGGAAUUUGCUGUCAAGUUGGAGAAGCUAGCAGAGGAGCUCCUGGACUUGUUCUGCGAGAAUCUUGGACUAGAAAAAGGGUACCUGAAAAAUGCAUUCAACGGGACAAACGGUCCUACAUUCGCCACCAAAGUUAGCAACUAUCCGCCGUGCCCGACACCGGACAAAAUCAAGGGCCUUCGAGCUCAUACCGAUGCCGGUGGCAUCAUAUUACUCUUUCAAGACCCUGUAGUUGGCGGUCUCCAGAUUCUUAAAGCCGACGAAUGGAUCGAUGUUCCCCCGAUGCGCCACUCCAUCGUGAUAAACCUCGGGGAUCAACUCGAGGUAUUCGACUCUAUCGAUUUCUCUGUGUAUCGCCAUACUACAUUAUGUUUUGAGAAGUUGAGAAGCUGAAUUGUUUGGAACAC